GUGCCUCGUUUGAUUGUCUUUCAAAAUCCUCUUUUUUUGAGGUUUGUCAGGACAUCCCACUAACGCAUCCUCGCACAACAAAAGAAACAUAACAGCAAAGAGAGAAAAAAAAACUGGCCGAAGGGCACGUCGUGCUAUCAUGACCGCCAACGACCCGUCCGUCGGCCGCUACGACUUCUCCGUCGAGGGCUGGUCCGCCGUGGACAAGGUGGCACAGUUUAGCCACGCCGUCGGCCGCGUCAGCGGUGGCCGUGGCAGCGCCAUCUUAAUCGCCGUGAUGGAUGGUCAAGGGCAGUUCGUCGACUUUGCGCCGGACCCGCACGCCGCGCACGGCGGCCGUGGUAGCAGUGCGUCUCGCUUGACAACGCCACCGUCGCGUGAGACAGGUUCGCUGCGCAGCAACGCCCGCCACUCACGCGACAGCUUCCGCGGCGCCCCCCACGACUCCGUCAACUCGCUGGAGCAGACGCCGUGCGAGGACGACCCACGGCGAGCGCGGGAGAUGAAGCAGCCGCCGCUGGGUGUGCUGCUGACCACCUCACACGUGCUGUGCAUUCCUGAAGAGGCAGAGGAUGCAACGGUGACCUUUUUGGAUCAGCUAGGGCUGAUGACGGCGGCAAGCCUCGGCCACGACCCGAAGCCGAUGCGAGUGCCACUGCGUGGGGCCUACGGCUUCGUGACGUCCUCCGCGGAGUCGAAUGAGCACAGCAUGAAGUACCGGCGCGGCAUCGCACGAUGCACAGGCCGCCGCGACAGUGACAGCAGCCCGGUAAGCCCUCCGCAAGACCCCAACCGCGACGUGCCGGACUACCUUCUCUACCGCUGCCAAGACAUCUCCGAUGAGGAGCUGGCCGAAGAAGUCGGCUUCACGCUGACGUUGUGCGACAUCUUCCCAGAGCCGGCAGAAACGACGACGAACUCGGCCGUGCCGUUGCAGCCGCUAUCCCCGCUGCGCCGCCCACGCGCGGCUGCCGCCGCCGGUGGGGUGGGGAUGGAGAGCAGCAGCAGGGUAAGCCGUGGGUCGUCGGCGUCGUCGCAGCGUUCAUUCGUCCAGGGCCGCUGUCUCCGUCACGACAGCGGUUGUGGGGCGAGUGCAGACACGCCGCACACGGCAACCUCGCGCGGCGGCGGCGGCGCGGCCUCUAGCAAGAACACUUUGUUGUCCAUUCAGCCCCUUCCCGUUCCGCUGCUGCUCUCCGCCAUCCCUGACGUGACGGUCGGAGAUGCACAUCUGAUGAUCACGCACGUGAACGCCGGCCAGCGCUGCUACCGCGUGCAGCACGUCGCCGCGGUGUACGCAGACUACUGCGAGUAUAAGGUGGCCAGCGCCAGCGAGGAUGAGUGCAGCGGCGGCCCGGUCUUCAACUCCGCCGGUGACUUCAUCGGCAUCCAGCACGAGCGGCUCGGGCACAGCAUCUGCUUAUUGAUGAAGUCGAUUGUACGCAAUUUGUUCGAGUCUGACUUGCUCGGCAUGUGCCGCUCGCCAGUUUCAGAGGUGAGCGCCCAGGAGAGCGAACCGCCCGGCGAACGUGACGGGGAAGCGGAGGACGCAGCACCCGCCGUCUACUCGCCCAAGACGUCGCUGAGAUACAGUGGGGCGUCGCCCCGAACGAGCACUCUGCCCGAGACGGUCGGCGCAUCUCCUCGCACGAGCGCCCUUACCACCAUCACCGCCACCACCGCCGUCAGCGGUGGCGUUAGUGGCCAUGGCGGCCACUACCCGUCCACGGCGUCUCCCACCCUCACUGUGAAAAAGCCGCUGCCCCAGAAGGUGCCGAGCUACGACGCGGUCUUCAAGGAGUUCUACAGCGGCUUUGACAGUCUCUCGCACAUCCUUUACGCUUUUCCGUACUGUCGUCAGCUGCUGAAGCUCGCACUGGAGAGCCUGUCGCAGGUGAAGAACGGCAACGAGCUGGACCAAAUGUCCCUCAUUGGCGGUGUUGGCGCGAUAUUAGAAACCAUCGACGGGUAUCCGCAGGACGAGGCCAUCGUCUCUGGCGCACUCGCCGCCAUGUGCCGUAUCUGCAUUAACGAACGCAACCUCGUCAUGUUCCUUCACCUAGACGGCGUCGUGUCGACGAUGGAGAUCAUGAAGGAAUACGUGCACCAGCCGACGGUGCUGCAGUGGGGCACGUACCUGCUGAUGAGCUCGACAGCCGCGUCGCUUGCAUCAGCGGCGCGGUGCGCUGAAGUUGUGGUGCACAGUCGCGGACCGCAGCUGUUCGUGAACGUGCUGCGUGUGCACGGCGCGGUGCAGCGCAAGUCCACCAUGCGCCACCUUCAGCCCAACCGUCUUAUUCGGUGGACCUGCGACGUCAUUGCGAACCUACUCCUGCUCGACCCGCAGCGCACCACUCUCUUUCUGCGCGAAGACUUCCUCGCGUUGCUGCUGCAGCUUUUGCACGACUACGCCAGGAAUAUGUUCCUGACUGAGGGCCUGAUCCACGUCUUCUGUGUGCUGGUGCUGUGCUUCUCUGAUGCGGACAUCGAGAGCAGCCGGAAGCUUACCGAUGCGCUGCCCGGGAUCCAGGUGAUGCGGAGCGCAUCGGAGUCUAAAAAGCCGCCGCUGGUGGGCAUCGAAGCCGCCUUCUGGCCGUCCGCCGAUCAACUUGUGAGUGCGCAGCUGAGCUUGGGCAGCAAGGCGUCGCACUUUUCGCAGACGAAUCUCGCCUCCGCGCACUCUCCCGCCAUCGACCCCCACGAAGUCAGCUUCUUUUUCCUGUGCCACGCCCUCGCAGCCGACACGGAAAGCGGCUUCCUUCAUGGCCUGCUCGACAUCUGCGAGGCGACCAUGGACGCGAAAAGCUCGCUGACGGUGCAUCGUGGGCGGCCCGAAGGGGUGCUGCUGCGGUGUUUUGAGACGCUUCGUCUGCUGCUUUCUUGGGGGCUCGUUCGCUUACGCAGUCGUCGUGACACGUCGCAUGCGGUGCCGGGCGCGGAAGACAGCUUCGCCUCUCUCGCCGGAUCGCACCAGAUGCCCUCCGCCAUGUCGUCACCGUUGCCCAUAGCAGCACCGUCAGACGAGCUGCUGCGGCUGCGGAUGAUUCUGGAGAAGGCACGAGCGACCAUGCCGUCUGCUUAUGCGCUGCAAACGCAGCUAACAGCAGUGGAGAAGCUGGUGCGGCAGCAGGUGUAA